AGAGUCAACUUGCCAAGCAAACACCUAGUCAAAUUAUUUCAUUAUCAUUUCUUAGUGCUCUUCUUGAGCAAUCUUCACCACUUCAUUCAGGAAGACCAACCAAACGAACCAGACAAAUCAUCAAGUUUUUACAAGAGGCAUCAUCUAUUGUGCCCAUGGAAAGUGCACUUUUUGCUGUAGCUUGUAGUGAUAAUCAAAAGUCUGCUGUUAAAAUUGCUCAAGCUACUGUUAAUUCAGCUCAAAAAUCAUCAAUUCCUGUUUCAAAAAUGAUGGCAUUUGGUUGUGAUGUAGCUAUGCACAGACUCAUUGCCAACUAUUCAACACCUGAGCUUUUCAAAGCAUGUGAAUAUUAUGCAAAUCACCCUCAUAAAGUUUUAAAAAGUGAUAGUCAAGUUCAUGAUAAUGCAAGCCAUUAUUCAUCAAAAUCAAAGAAAAAGCACAAAAGAAAAUCAACAAAUGCUGUUCAUAGGCAAUCUUCUGUUUCAUUAAUACAUCGUGAUUUCCAAUUGUCAUCAUCAAUGGAGCGCUUCUUGGUUAUGUGUAAAAAGAUAGGAAUAGCUGCUUCUAUUACACAAAGUCCACAGCAGUUAAUUUGUGGAAGAAAUAUUGGCGAAAUGUACCCAAUAUCAAAAAGCAGUUUCUUCUCCUUCAGAUUCUGAUCCUUUAACUCCGCUACCACAAAUUUUACAGAAUGCCAGGAAACGUCUUACUGCUCUUUCAAUUGAGCAUAAAGAAACCAAUUGCACUGAGCUGAAUCGUCUUAUGCUUGCUGAAGUUAAUAAAAUUGUGGAAGAUGAUUUAGAGCCUUGUGUUACAAUGUUAGGAGGCUUUAUGGAGCAGCAAAUUCGAGUACCUUUGGUUAACAAUCCUCUUGAUACUGCAAAAGCUCUCAGAGAAGCCCAAAGUUGUGGUGCUGCUGUUGGUGUUUGGGCCUUAUUUGCUCUUAGUCACAAAGAUAUUGAAUCCAUCUUAAAAUUAAGGGAAAAUAAAACACUUUUAAUUCAAAUUGAGAAAUUCAUUAAGGGUUCUCUUAGUGACAAUUUUGCAAAGAAAUUAGAUGAUACUGAAUCAACCACAAGUUAUAAUGCCAAACUGCAGUUUCUGCUGCAAGGACUUAAUAAAACAGUCACAUGUAGCAGUAAUUACAUCAGUUAUUCCCUUGAGAGAGAAUUGGUUGGUAUUUGUAAAGAGCGUGAUAUAUCUACCUCAGUUAGUAUCACCUCUGUAGUUCGUAACUGGGAUGAACGAUUUCAAGAUACUGCCUUAGUUCUAGUUCCUAAUACAUAUCGACCCCUACUAGCUCGUUGGCUGAUUUGGUCUUUGAAUAUUCAUCAACUUCGUGAGGGUUUAGCUAGUUAUACUACAAUUGGCAUCAUUGGUCUUGUCAAUUCUGGAAAAUCUACACUUGUUGAUAAAGUUUUCAAAGUCAAAACUGUUCAAGGCACGACCCAAUCAGCUCGCACUACAGUCCCUUUUAUUUACAAUUUUGAUUCUUCCGUUGAGGGAUUAAGUGUUAUUGAUUUUCCUGGAGUAGAUGAUAGAGAUGAAUCUAUUGGUGGUCUGGCUAAGUUACUUGUGGGUCUUGCACAAAUAGUCAUUUUUGUCUGUGGAUAUGAGAGAUUUCAUACUAGUUCAGCUGAAGAAUGGAUGGAAAUUUUUAAAAAUGAUUUUGCAGCCACUCCAAUUCUGGUUUGUCUUACAAAUGCGGACAGGCUUUACGAGGACAAGUGUGAAACUGAUAUGCUUCCAGAAUGCCCUGAAGACAAAAUUGGAUCAAUGAAAUCACAAUUUGAAUAUGAAUUAGAGAAAAUUAUUGGCUCUACUCAAAUGGCACAGAACUGUAUUAUCAAGUUCUGUUCUUUGACUCAAAGUAGGCAUUCUGUAUUAAAUAACGAUAAAGGGCGUCAAUCAAUGAGAAAAGUUGGUAUUUUUAGUCCUGAAGAUAUUGGAGAGUGGAUCAACAUGCAUUAACGCAAGUUAUUCAGCAGC